AUGAAACAUAUUUCUGUGGUUUUCAAUUUAACUUCAUUAUUGUGCCAUACAAUAUAUUUAAAAUGUGCAGAUAAUAAAUGUGGGUUGCUUGUUACUAGGUGGCGGCUUCCAUUGUACCGUUUCAUCCAGACAUUAAUAAGAAGACAAACUUCUGUGCGAGAAGUAUGUUUAAAUUGGCCUAACUAGAGUUUCAAAGCAGCUGUUGUUUUCCCGGAGAGCUUGCUGGAAGACGUACAUGGCCCUCGUUGGAAAUUCUUCACGUAAGUGACUAACAAAAUUGUUUACACUUAAUUUAAAUGUCUUAUAAUUUUUUAAGUAGUUAUCAUCACGACUAGGUUAAAGAAACCGAUUAUGUUAAUGAUCCUAUGUUUGUAGUAGUAUGACAUCAUUACAUGCCAGUGCCAACUCAAUAAUUACAGACGUAGGUCAUAGUUGUGUUUACGUUCUAUAACAGUGAGAUUAAGACACUCUUUUGCUUACAGAUUUCUUCGAUGAUGCAAACAACCCCAUCAGGCUUCAGCAAAGUCCUGCGAUUCGUCCAUCCGUUAUAAAAGAACCAACAAACCGAAGUAAGUAUUCAAAGACACCUUCAUGUACAUAGGAUUACGUAUUACAUUUCCUAAAACCUUUUAUUAAUCAAAAGUUAUCAAUUCCAGCACGACCCCCGGAAGAUCAAAAGAAUCGAGAGCUGAAGAGACUACUAAGUAUACCGAGGUUGGAUAUCAGUAGCUUUAGUAUGGACAACAGAGCUCAUGAACAGUCAGUGCCAGUAGACCUUCGUAGAAGGGUUCCAAUCGAAUUGAUUCAAACUGAAAAUAUGAUGGAAUACGCUUUUGGACCAGCUAGAUAAUAUGCAUCAAAUAAACCAUUUUCGGUGCAUGGAGACUAUUUGAGUGAAUGUUCGCAAGUAUCAAAGAUUCUAGAAGAUCUCUUCGAAGAUAUUGCCGGGGAUCUGGACCUAAGGACUUCAACUGGCGAUUAUGUUUCAGAGGAAGAACACUUUGGAAGGAUUGAUACUCAAAACGUGGACGAAUUUCGAGGAUUGAAUGCAGAGAUAAGAGACAAAGUCUUGCCCAUUGAAGAUAAUAAACAUGAUAACAGCGAAGCCCGGAAACAGAGAAUUGCAAAGUUUACUCUACCUCCAGACUACGAUCCAAAUAACUCAAAGUGGACUUUGAGGUAUCGCUAUCCAGGAUCAGAUCUGACAGAACUUUUACCCUAUAGUGGUCUCUACGUCAACGCAACAAAUCUUAAGCAUUGCAAUGAACUUGCGAUGGAUUGCAAGUCAUUAGCGCAGUUGUUGAUGCUGGAAGUUUUCUCAGAAAGCGCUCUUAAAGUCUGCUCGCUUACUGGCGCAAAAGCCACUUGUUUUCGUGGUACCAAGACAGACGUCAGGCCUGGAUUAGAUAAAGAUGAAAGAGCCAUUUUAGUGAGAUACGUAGAGAUCUAUGGAGAGAAGCAAAGAUGGUGUACUGAAGACCACAGGGCUAUUAUCAAUGUUAUGCGGAACAAGUUGUAUUCUUCGAGAAGGAAAGAUAGACAUCGUGUUUAA